GUUAGUUUUUCCAAUGACACUGACAGAUCAGGACGUUGUUGCAGAACAAAAAGGAAUGUUUAUUUGUUAAUUUUUUUCGCGAUUUUAUUUCAUUUUUCUUACGAAUUAUGUGAAAAACUAACCGGCAAUGAGUGUUUUCGGGGAUUUUCAACAAGUGUGGCUACAAAGAUUCCCAGACAGCCCCCUUCCGGGCGCCUGGGAAGAGGACGUCAGGGCAAAUUUGGCGAAGCACAAGCAAAAGGUCGCCCUGCUAAAGGAGGAACUCGAAAAGGAACAGUUUUAUGUGGAAUACUUGGAGCGUUUGCUUUCCGAUGUGGAACAACAUAAGAAAAAAUUGGCUAAGGAAAAGGCCAUCAGUGAGGAAACCCAGGCAGAAAUUCUGGGUGUUGACUCAAAUAAAGGUGGGGAGGAUGCCUUAUCAAAAAGAGCUUCAGCAGACAUAUCUCUCCUCCCCCAGGACCAAUCGACAAACGAGUCGUUUUCCGCCCACAUGUGCAUCACCGAAAUCUCGAAGCAGCUGAAAAAGUCACAUUCCGACGUUUCCGAUAAGGCAGCUUCUGAAAGCGAAGCUGAAACGAAGGGCCAGGAAAAUGAAGGGACCUUUGUUACGGUAAUUGAAGUCAACGGCUUGAACAAAAAGGAGGGAGAGUCCCCCACUGGAUCAUAUCCUAAAAAACCCCCAAAGGUUCCUGCCAGACCAGAACCUCUAAAAAACACAAAUUUUGACACACAGCGCAGCAACAGCGACUCAUUGUCAUCCAGUUCGGAAAUUUUAAAUACCGCUGAUGAACCUUAUUAUGAUAUGGUCGCACCAGAAGAGGAGUACCAUACCAGGAGCGACCACUCUAGUACAGAAAAUGUAUUUGGAUCGAGCAGUACUUUGCCUCUGGAUCUAAAGACUCAGCACUCUGUAGAACCGCAGAGCCCUGGCACCUCAAAUUACGUUAAUAUUGAGUAUUUUAUAACUACAAAGAAAAACGAUCAUAGCAGUAGCGAGGACGAACAUGAAGAUCCUACAGAAUUACGCAGGCAAACGAACGAUAACAGUUCGUACGCCAGCUCCAGUUCUUUGGAAUCAACCACUCCUAGUACAAAACGGAAAUUUAGUCAUGAUGGGGAAUCGGAGCAAGAUAAAAUGUACAGAAGCAUCGUAUGCAAUAUCAUUGACAGUGAAACAAAUUAUGUUGAAUGGUUAAGUGUUUUACUAAAAUAUAUGAAAGCUAUGCAAGCUACGAUUGGUACCUCACAGCCGAUAGUAAGCGAUGGCGAUUUUAACACCAUAUUUUUCAAAAUUCCCGAGCUUUAUACGUUGCAUGCGAACUUUUUGGAAGCACUGAAAAGGCAUGCCUUGAAGUGGGAUACUAGGAUUGGAGAGAGUUUCAAAAUCAUGGCAUCAAACUUGUCACUGUAUGGAGCGUUUCUAAGCAAUUAUGGACAUGCCUUAGAUAUGGUGAGGAAGUGCAGUGCAAACAAUUCCCAGUUUGCCCAAAUAACUAGGAACAUUACUUGUAAACCUCUGUCAGAUCAGGCAAUUAGUUUAGAAGAUCUUUUACAUAAACCAGUGGCAAGAGUGCAAAAAAAUGCUUUAGUGCUUCACGAUUUACUCAGAUACAUCCCUACGAAUCAUCCCGACCAUCACAUAAUAUUAGAGGCAUUAAAUAUCACCCAAAACUUUCUGGAUCAGUUUAAUAUGAUACAGACUAAGUCUAUGUUUCCCGCCACAGAUAGGGCUCAAAGAAGGCUAGUGAAGAAUUCAUUUAUAGUAGAGUUUGUCGACAAUAACAGGAAGCUAAGGCAUUUGUUUUUGUUUAAUGACGUUAUAGCUUGCGCAAAAUAUAAAUCAUCAGGGAGAAAUGAAAAAUACACAUUUGAGUUGAAAUGGUUCAUACCGGUAGAAGAUAUUUUGAUUUUAGAAGAAACGAUGGCGAAUUUACACGAAACGUCUCAACAGAGCAUCGUGAGUUUAAAAUCGCAAGCUAGCAACGUUAGGGACCAAUUGAGGCAAGAAGAGAGGACCAAUGAAGAAAAGCAUCGGUUAAAAUCAACCAGGGGAUCAGAUAAGUUUAGAAAGAGACUGAUAGAGUUAGAAAGCCAGUUAGUUUUGGUUUCUCCCAACUUGGUUUACCGAAUAAAACACCGAGGGACUGGUAGAACUUACAUGUUCUUUUUGUCCAGUGAUUUUGAGCGGACACAAUGGAUUGAGGCUAUACAAACUUUACAGCGAACUGAACGGACGGGAAAACAACCGGCCAACACUAGUCAUUUCAGCAUGUUCGAGUUGCAAACGUGGAUCACCGCGUGCAGGCAGUUCCUAAAGACUAAUAUGGGCUCAUACCUUCUCAGGUGUGGCAAUGAUGAGAGUUUACUGGUUGGGGAUCUUCACCUGCAUAUAUAUGAUAUGACUGGAUUAGAGUUUUCUUGUGAUUUAUAUGUGUGCGUCGAAGUAGACUUCUACGGACACUUCUUCCAAAAGGCAAAAACGAAAACGGCCAAGCACACUCAGUCUCCCCAUUGGAACGAGAAUUUCGUCAUUGAUUUAGAGGGUUGCGAGAAUCUUAGGAUUCUCGUUUAUAGAGAGGGACAGCCACACGACACGCUUUUUGGCAAACACACUAUGAAACUUAGCAGAAAGUGGCUUAACGAACAACAAACUGUCGAUAGACAAUUAACGAUUAACGGUUGUAUGCUUAGAAUGGGGCUUCGGUAUAUCCCGUGUGAAGUGAGUUUAAGGCGAGUACCAGCAGGGAAAGUUGGCUCACUUUUUGGCGAAAAGAUUCAAGUGGUGUGCAAGAGACAAAAACGCAACAUUCCAUUCAUAAUAACUUCCUGUAUCAGAGAGGUGGAACGAAGAGGAAUGUUAGAAGUGGGCAUUUACAGGGUGUCCGGAUCUCAAGGCGAUAUUACAAAACUAAAAAAGUCUUUUGAGACAAAUUCUUAUGAAGCCGAGCAGCUGCUAAAAGAAGUCGAUAUACACUCAGUUACCGGUAUUUUAAAACUGUAUCUCCGGGAACUUCCCGAAGCUCUGUUUACCGAUCAGCUAUAUCCGGAAUUAUUGGAAUCGUUUAACCAGAGCAAUAGUAAUCUAAAGCGGCGAAUAGAGCUGUUAAAUAUUUGUUUCGAAAAGUUACCGGCUCCAAAUAAGGAUACCAUCAAAUUUAUUUUAGACCAUUUGAUGAGGGUCCAUGCCUAUGAAGACGAUAACAAGAUGUCCCUGCACAAUUUGGCAACAGUUUUCGGGCCUACGCUGUUACGCCCCGCCGCGUCCAGAAUAGAUCACACGAAAAAAGACAGCCAGAAGAAGGACAGUCUGGCAACGGGAACGGUGGACGUGAUGGCGCAAGCAGGCAUCUUAUACUGUUAUCUACAAGACUUAAACGAGUCACAAAAGAUCAACAGGUCUAGUAGGAGGUAGUUUUUUCAUAGGUGAUUUAAGAGUUGCUAUAAUGGUGUUUUAGAAACAGUAUUUUGGGUGAUAAACCGAAGCAAUUGAUGUGUUGGGGAGGGUUUAGUUGUUUUUUUUUUGUUUAUGGAACGAAGAUUAUGACGUUCAUAUUUGAUCCGGUUUUUUUUUUAUUUGAUGAUUUAAAGUUCAAAUCGCUUUAACAGGAAAGGUUUACUUAGUCGUUUGGUAAUUUUUUUAUAGAAUCAUUUUGUAAAAAGGAGUAUUGGUGGAAUAGGUUUUUUAUUAUUUGGGUUUUUCUGAGCGAUUCGAGAGUUUUUUCAUAGAAUUUAAUGGCAAUAUCCAGAAACUUAAAGAAAUAUAAUUAAGGCUCUAGAAAAUACUUUUAAGGCUCUACAUUGCCUACAAUACUGAAAUCGUUUGCAAUAAUAAUUCGCCGUUAAUGUUUUGGCGCAACUUGAUUUAAUAUGACUUAUUAGUUAUGAUUUUUUUAAUGAAAUAAUUGUUGCCUUUAAAAGAAAUAAUUGAAUGGAAAUAGUGGCACGAAAGUGUUUUGGUUUGGUUAAGAAAGGUUAUAAUUUUACUCAUAUUUAUUUAAGCAUAAAUGUAUGUAUUAUGUUUUUGGUAUUUUACUUUUUGUUCAUUUGGGAUGUCCUCAUUGGAUUGUUCACUAUUAAUUUUUUUUUAAUCACUUAAAAUUAAAAAAAUAUGCCUCCUUUUCAUAGAAAAUCAAUAUUUUUGAACAAAUUUAUAAUUUUCCAACUAUAGUUGACUUUUGGGUUUUCUUUUUUUGAUCUUCCACCUGCACUCAGGUUUUCUGAUUUUAAAACGUUUUCUUAUAAAAAAGGAUCUUAAAAAAAUGUAAAUAAUUUAAAUAAAUGUAACAAAAAGUGCAAUACGUUUAUCUCUUUAAUUACAAUUUUACAAGUUUCUUGGAGGUACCAACUUCUUUUUGGCUAGAAAUUUUUGACAAACUAGGGGUUCAUUCUUCAUAAUUUCAACGUUUAUUUCUUAUUCUCGCCCCUAUAAAUGGAAUGAGACUAUUAAAUAUAUCAAAAUUUGCCUAUUUUCAUAGGACUAGAAUUUUGAAGCCAAAUAUCUUCAAAAAAACAAAAGUGUAUUUAAAUAAUGAAAGAUAAUCAAACUUUGAAAGAAGAAUAAUAAAAAAAUUCUUGUCUUUUAUAAAAGGAUUGAAACUAGUCAGAAAGUCAUAACUCUACCGUAAAAGUGAAUUUUGGUAUUUUUUUUUUGGUUAGAGACUUGCAAAUAAUGGCCUGAUAUAGUAGUAAUGUCUUUACUUUUAUUUACAAUACUUUUGAAAUAGAGAAUUUAUACAUAAACCAUAUAAAACAAAAUUCUAAAUCACUUAAGGAUUGAGAAUAAUACAUGUGGUUCCAUUAAAACUAUUGUUCCGGAACAUUUUCACAACUCUGAUACGUCUAUAUCAGUAUAACCCUUUUAAGCAUAAUUUUUAUUUACUGUAGUAUAUUUAAACAGAAAGUAACCGGAGUUCUUAGUAACCGAUCUAUGACAGGUAAUUGCGUAAAGUUUUCCAGUGUUUUAGCUGUAUUUUAUUUUCAUUAAAUGCACGUUUAAAUCUAGUUCCAUAAACACUCCACUCCUACCUUAAUAAGUUAGUUUUCAUUUACAAAUAGCCUAGUUUUAGGUGAACUUUAGUUGCUAUGACGCUAGUGCUCUCAUUUUACUAAUUUCAAUAGUUUUACCUACACAAACAUGUUUUCAAUGGUUACCUUGAAUAAAUAAUCAUUUUUUUUUGCGAUAUGAACACGAUUUUCACGAAAGUCAUAUACAGACCGUACUAUAUCUAGUGACCACCCUUAAAAUUGUGUAUAUUUUAUUUAUAUGAUUUAAUAAUAUUUAUGACUGUACCUUUUUAAUUUAAGUUUAGGUAAAGGUUUGGACUGAGGCACCAGAUUUUAUUGAUCCGGUGUCCUUCGCAAAAAAGAAUCAAUUCCAUUAGUAUUAAGUCGUUUCAUAUUUAAAAAGGGUUGUUGUUUAUGCCAUUUUUUAAAAUUGUACAUCAAAUCUUUUGGUUAGGUAAGAGUUAUUGCCAAGAUCAAAUAACAUCGAAGGAAAAUUCUAGUCCAUUUUUAAGAAAACCUAAGGCUUCAGAAGCUUUUUAAACAAAAAUCUAGUCAUUUAUACAAUGAAUUUGUUUCACUUUGUGGCCCUUUUUAAGAUGAACCAAAACUACCAGUUUUUUAGUUUAAGAUAAUGUAAAAUAAUAGACUUACUGUAUAGGCAUUAUGUAUUUAUCACAACUAUCGUACAAUUUAGUAGUUUAUCGGGCUGUAGCGAAACGAUGCCUUUUUAUACACAUACCCUAAUAUUUUAGAAAUUUUAUACCGGGACUGUCUCAUGUUUUCGAUGGGACCGCCUUUAAAUCAUACUAUAUCCUGUAUACCGUACAGGAUGUGAUAAUCGUUCAAGGUAUUUUACAUCAAUAUUAAUUAUAGGUAUAACGCAUAUAGUUUGUCUAAAUUUUAGACUGAUUAUUCCCAGUGUGCAAAAUAUAUCGGUAUGCUUGUCUGUCUAGAAAAUCUUAUGUAUAUAUUUAUUUCAUUCUUGGAAAAACUAGUGAGAGCUUGGCUUUUGUGUAUUAUUUGUAAAUGUUCGUGCAAGUGUUUUUAAGUAUUUAUUACCGACCGUCAGAGUUGGUCUGCUUGAUGCAUAGAUUUAAGCUGAACUUAUAUUUUAUAUACAUUUGUAACUAUAUAUUUGCAAAAUACCUACAUAAAUACAUGUUUUUAUAUGAUAAA